AUGGCUGGCGGAAAGGGCAAGUCGUCUGGCGGCAAGAGCUCGGGUGGAAAGACCUCGGGCGUCGAAGGUUCCAAGAAGCAGCAGAGCCAUUCUGCUCGCGCUGGUCUUCAGUUCCCUUGCGGUCGUGUCAAGCGUUUCCUGAAGCAGAACACCCAAAACAAGAUGCGCGUUGGCGCCAAGGCUGCCGUCUAUGUUACUGCCGUGCUGGAAUAUUUGACUGCUGAAGUCCUCGAACUUGCGGGUAACGCUGCCAAGGACCUGAAGGUCAAGCGUAUCACUCCCCGCCAUCUUCAGCUUGCCAUCCGUGGAGAUGAGGAGCUUGAUACCCUCAUCCGCGCCACUAUCGCCUUCGGUGGUGUCCUCCCCCACAUUAACCGCGCCCUUCUGCUCAAGGUAGAGCAGAAGAAGAAAGCCAAGGCUCAGGAGGCUUAA